GUAAGAAGAAUAAAGAUUCUUUGGGAAACUUUUCUUUCUCUUCUGAAGAAAAUUUGCUUCAGGCCAGAGGUUUUUUAGGUGCUGCUGAGGUUUUGGAGAUCUGGGAAAAUGGGUAAUAACAUGACACCAGCUCUUAAGCAGCAACAUCUGUUGUGGUUCAAAGCCACACAGAAGCUGCUUAGACAGUCACAUGUUUUGGACUACACGGACAAGUGUGGUUCAAUGGUAAAGACACAGAGCAGAAGAAACUUAGUGUAGAAAGGUUGGAAAAUGGAGUCCUGGAAGAUAAACAUCUUUAAGAAACAAACCUCACCUUGUCCUCCAAGCUAUGGAAGAUCUUUGUCAGAACCUGCUUAUGCAAAUUCAGAGAUAGGAGCAAGUUUAAAGAUGCAUCCAUGGUGUGAUUCAUUUAAAAGCCAGAGGAAGAAAAAUGAAUAUGCUGUUUCCAAUCUGGAAAAGCCACUGGAAGCUUAUAGGUGGCAGAAUCAGCCUGGCUUUAGGAAGAAAGGGAACAAAAUGGAAAGACUGCAAAAUAUUAAUGGAGACCUGGAUGAGCCCCGGCAAAAGGUCCUGCCAGAGACAAUGGGUACUAAUGCCUCUUCCUCUGCUCAUGAGAUCCCUGGGACAUCAACAGAGAAACUGAACCUGGUUAAUACCCAAUCACUUCGGGCUCCAUUCACCAGGUCCGUUUCAGAGCCAGAGCCCUGCUGUAGUAUCAGGUUUAUGAGACCAUGGCCGAAUUCACUGGGGUCAGUGGAGUCUGAACAACAGGGAUAUUUCAUCCAUGGCAUUUUCUCUACUCUUUCCAGUGGCUUCUCCAGGAUGCUGAAUCUAAAAGGAGAAGCAACCAAUGAGCCAGUAGAAGAAGAUGUAAAAGGACCACCCACCCAUCGUCUGUCUUGUGGUCAGUCACCCUACACUGAGACAACAUCAUGGGAAAGGAAGUACUGCAUCCUCACAGACAGCCAGUUGGUGUUGCUCAACAAGGAGAAGGAGAUACCUGUCGAAGGACAGGAGCAACAGACAGAUUCCACCAAAGGGCGAUGUCUGAGGAGAACUGUCAGUGUCCCUUCAGAGGGUCAGUUUCCUGAGUACCCACCAGAGGGCACCACUAAACUAGAGGUGCCAGCAGAAAGGUCCCCCCGCAGACGGAGCAUCUCAGGGACCAGCACUUCAGAGAAACCCAACUCCAUGGACACUGCGAAUACCUCCCCUUUCAAAGUACCAGGAUUCUUCAGCAAGCGCCUGAAAGGUUCCAUCAAGAGGACCAAAAGCCAGUCAAAGCUUGACAGAAACACAAGCUUUCGACUUCCAUCCCUUCGCAAUGCAGAUGACAGGUCUCGUGGUCUGCCUAAACUGAAAGAGUCUCGUUCACAUGAGUCCCUGCUGAGUCCAUGCAGUGCAGUGGAAUGUCUCGAUCUUGGUAGAGGGGAGCCAGUGUCAGUGAAACCACUCCAUAGUAGCAUCCUUGGGCAAGACUUCUGCUUUGAGGUCACCUACUUAAGUGGAAGUAAAUGCUUUAGCUGUAACUCUGCCUCAGAGAGAGAUAAGUGGAUGGAAAACCUUCGAAGGACAGUUCAGCCAAAUAAGGACAAUUGUCGACGAGCUGAAAAUGUUCUCCGUUUAUGGAUCAUUGAAGCCAAGGACCUUGCCCCUAAAAAAAAAUAUUUCUGCGAACUGUGCCUUGAUGAUACCCUCUUUGCUCGUACAACCAGCAAGACCAAAGCAGACAAUAUUUUCUGGGGUGAACAUUUUGAAUUCUAUAGCCUUCCACAUCUUCAUAGCAUCACAGUUCAUAUUUAUAAGGAUGUGGAAAAGAAGAAAAAAAAGGACAAGAAUAAUUAUGUAGGGCUAGUCAACAUCCCCACUGCCAGUGUGACUGGUCGCCAGUUUGUAGAAAAGUGGUACCCAGUGAGUACACCCACACCCAACAAAGGAAAGACAGGAGGACCUUCUAUUCGGAUUAAGUCACGUUUCCAAACCAUCACCAUUCUGCCUAUGGAGCAAUACAAAGAAUUUGCAGAAUUCAUCACCAGCAACUACACCAUGCUGUGCUCUGUUCUUGAGCCGGUAAUUAGUGUGAGGAAUAAAGAGGAGUUGGCUUGUGCCUUAGUACACAUUCUUCAAAGUACUGGCAGAGCCAAGGAUUUUCUGACUGACUUGGUGAUGUCUGAGGUGGAUCGUUGUGGAGAGCAUGAUGUCUUGAUCUUCCGAGAAAACACCAUUGCCACGAAAUCCAUUGAGGAAUACCUCAAGUUGGUGGGACAACAGUACCUCCAUGACGCACUGGGGGAGUUCAUCAAAGCCUUGUAUGAAUCAGACGAGAACUGUGAAGUGGACCCCAGCAAGUGUUCAUCUAGUGAACUGAUAGACCACCAGAGCAACCUGAAAAUGUGCUGUGAGUUGGCUUUCUGCAAGAUCAUCAACUCCUACUGUGUCUUCCCUCGUGAACUGAAGGAAGUGUUUGCAUCAUGGAAGCAGCAGUGCCUGAACCGAGGCAAGCAAGACAUCAGUGAGCGGCUCAUUAGUGCCUCACUGUUUCUCCGUUUUCUUUGCCCAGCCAUUAUGUCGCCCAGUCUUUUCAGCUUGAUGCAGGAGUAUCCUGAUGACCGAACAUCUCGAACUCUAACUCUUAUAGCCAAGGUCAUUCAGAACCUGGCCAACUUUGCCAAGUUUGGUAACAAAGAGGAAUACAUGGCAUUCAUGAAUGAUUUUUUAGAACAUGAAUGGGGUGGAAUGAAGCGGUUCCUUUUGGAGAUCUCUAAUCCAGACACCAUCUCAAACACCCCAGGCUUUGAUGGUUACAUUGAUCUGGGCAGAGAGCUAUCAGUUUUGCAUUCCUUACUGUGGGAAGUAGUUUCUCAGCUUGAUAAGGGUGAAAAUUCCUUUCUACAGGCAACUGUGGCAAAACUGGGUCCUCUCCCUCGUGUUCUUGCUGAUAUUACCAAGUCUCUGAGUAAUCCUACACCAAUACAACAGCAACUGAGACGCUUUGCUGAGCAUAGCUCCAGUCCAAAUGUCAGUGGAAGCCUCUCCUCUGGGCUGCAGAAAAUAUUUGAAGACCCCACUGACAGUGAUUUGCAUAAACUAAAAUCUCCAAGCCAGGAGAACACAGACAGCUAUUUCAGAGGAAAAACAUUAUUGUUGGUUCAGCAAGCCUCCUCCCAGAGCAUGACGUACUCUGAAAAGGAUGAAAAGGAAAGCAGCCUUCCUAAUGGUCGGAGCAUCUCCCUCAUGGACCUCCAGGACACUCAUGCUGCUCAGGUGGAGCACGCAUCUGUCAUGCUUGAUGUGCCUAUGCGCCUUGCAGGAAGCCAGCUUUCUAUAACCCAGGUGGCUAGCAUCAAACAACUUCGGGAAACCCAGAGCACUCCCCAGAGCGCACCUCAAGUAAGAAGACCCUUGCACCCAGCCUUGAACCAGCCAGGAAGUCUCCAGCCUUUGUCGUUCCAGAACCCUGUCUAUCACCUCAACAAUCCAGUUCCAACAAUGCCAAAGGCCUCUGUAGAUUCUAGUUUGGAGAACCUAAGCACAGCCAGUUCUAGAAGCCAAAGCAAUAGUGAAGACUUCAAACUCAGUGGACCCAGCAAUAGCAGCAUGGAAGAUUUCACCAAAAGAAGCACGCACAGUGAAGACUAUUCCAGGCGGCACACUGUACCAGACAGACACAUACCUCUUGCUCUGCCACGACAAAAUAGUACUGGGCAGUCCCAAAUCCGAAAGAUGGACCAGGCGGGGUUAGGUGCCCGAGCCAAAGCACCUCCAUCCCUCCCACAUAGUGCUUCCUUACGUAGCACAGGGAGCAUGUCAGUGGCAUCUGCAGCACUGGUGGCUGAACCUGUACAGAACGGGAGCCGAUCCAGGCAGCAGUCCUCUUCCUCCAGAGAGAGCCCUGUUCCCAAAGUGAGAGCAAUCCAGAGACAACAGACACAGCAGGUUCAGUCACCUGUGGAUUCUGCCACAAUGUCUCCAGUAGAAAGGACAGCAGCCUGGGUUCUGAACAAUGGACAGUAUGAAGAGGAUGUGGAAGAAGCUGAUCAAAAUCAAGAUGAAGCCAAGCAUGCUGAGAAGUAUGAACAAGAAAUUAGCAAAUUGAAAGAACGCCUACGAGUGUCCAGCCGGCGGCUAGAGGAGUAUGAGCGCCGGCUUCUGGUGCAAGAGCAGCAGAUGCAGAAGCUGCUACUGGAGUAUAAGGCCCGGCUGGAGGACAGUGAGGAGCGGCUGCGCAGACAGCAGGAGGAGAAGGAUAGCCAGAUGAAAAGCAUCAUCAGCAGGCUAAUGGCCGUCGAAGAGGAAUUAAAGAAGGACCAUGCUGAGAUGCAAGCAGUUAUUGAUGCAAAGCAGAAAAUAAUUGAUGCACAGGAAAAGCGGAUCAUGUCCCUGGAUUCAGCCAACACAAGACUGAUGAGUGCCCUGACUCAAGUGAAGGAGCGAUACAGCAUGCAGGUCCGCAAUGGCAUCUCUCCCACCAACCCCACCAAGCUUUCCAUCACGGAGAAUGGUGAAUUCAAAAACAGCAGCUGCUGAUGGCCUUUGUGAAUACAGACUGUGGGAGGAGACAGAAGGAAGUUGCCCAGCUCUCCUAUUCCCAGCCUUUUAACCCUCCAGGUUUACAGAAUGUUGCUUCAAAUAGCUGUAUGGAGAGAAACUCUUAAAUGAAGAAAGGAACCUUGUCUUUCAGGGCAUAAAGCAAAGACCACCAAUGUCGAUGCUUUCCCCAGUGUCUCUAUGUACAUAGGGAACUUAGUUCUGGGCCAUGUACAGAAAUACCACUGUAAUAUACCAAAAGGAAGUUAAUAAUGUAGAUGACCUUUUUAAUUAUUACUAUUUUAUUAUUGUUUUUCUCUUGUUGAAAGCACUGCAGUUUUUAGUGGAAGAAAAAUAGGAGCCGAGUGUGAGUGAGAAAUGAGCCUGUCGGUUCAGUAGGUAGAGACUCUGUUGAAUAGGAGCACAUGGAGUGCAAUAGGACCUUGUCAGAAUGAGUUUUUUUUCAGGGAUUCAUCUGCCAGUUUCAAAGCCUCACCCUAGUCCCUUACCAUUAGGAAAACAUGCAAAUACCAAGAUCCACACAAAACAGUACUUUAUGCCACUGAUCAACCAAGAUGGUUCUGAUCAGACAAUAAUCUGAUUUGGAGAGUCACCAUUUCAGAGGACAUGGAUAGGAGUGGUUGAUUGUACCAAAACUGAACUAGAAAUGAUUUCUUUUGAACUCUUAUCAGUAUGUUUGUUUCCUCCAUCUACAGCAGAUGAGAAUUUUCUGUUUUAGAUAUGGGACUUUCUGAUUUUUACUCCUACUUUUUUUUUACUACUCUUUUGAGUUGACAGAACUAUAAAUAUUUGUGUCUCUGUCUACCAUCUUCAUUUUCACACGUGCACUGUCCUUGCCUCCCCACGCUGGGAGCAGUCAGCACCAACAGGGUUCGCUCUCCACUGGAGAGUUAUUCAAGUAAGCCAUUCAUAAGCCAUCUGAAUAAUACCCUUUCUUCCAUACAGAAAAGGGCUAAUUACAACAGAGCAGGAAUCUCUGAAUAUUUCCCACUAAAAUUUUUCUUUCUGUUUGUCAGAUAAAGAUUGAAUCUGCCAUACUAACAAAUCUGUGGGCAGGGUUAUUUCAUCACCACUUAUAACCUUUAAAUUGCUGCUUCUUUCUAUUUAUCCCUCCCAUUUGUGAAGGAAAUCUAAAAACUGAAGCAUCUUUUUCUUUUAAAAAUGAUAACUAAUCUUGCUAUAGAGAACCAGAAUGUGAGGAUGGCACAUUCCAGGUGUUAUUACACACUCAUGGUAGACUCAGCAAGAAUGACCCAGGUUAUCAUUAAUGGCUUCAAUACAGGACAGAAAAUCUAUGUUUUUCUUCAGAGUGUGACAUGCCAUCUGGAAUGCAGGCUUAAUUACCAGGGGUAGAGAAAGUUAGCUGCAGGUUAAACAAAUAUAUAUAUAUAUAUAUAUAUAUAAAUAUAUAUACAUAUUCACACAUAUGUACAUAUAAUGUGCACAUCAAAAAAUGUUCAUACCUUCUAUGUUGUUGGAUAUACAGAAAUAAUGUUUAAAAAGGGUCUUGAAUCUCUUUAAGCGAAAUCUACAUCAUUUUAUGUUGAAAAAACAGCAUUUCUCAAAUAAGUUAAUGUUUUGUUUUUUAAGUUAUAAACUUUAAGAAUUUUUUUAAGUAAAGGAUGCGGAGUGAGACAACAGAGCCAUAUGCAUGGAGUAUGUGUUUCUACAUAGUAGGAUAAUUGUAAGAAAACAAGAGAACAUGUGUAGUGCCCUCUUUGUUUGAAGUCCAGGCAUAGAUACCAAGCCCUCCUUUCCACCAAGUCCCAGGCAUGCAUUCCCAGUGUCACUUGCCCCUUAGGUUGACCUUUAUGUCUGACCUUGAAUCUCAGCAACCUCAUCAGAGCCUCAGCUGACAACCUUUGAAAGGGGUUUUUUCAUAAUAACCUGUUUCUAUGAGGCAGAUGCCCAAGCAUCUCACUGUGCUUGGAGCCAUAGGCCUCCAAGCCCACUUGAGUGUUUCCUUGACCCUUAACAGCUAUCUUACCAGGUUUUGUCUUCUCGCCAAGCUGAGACCACAUGGUGUUUAAUUUACUUCAUAAGAGAAAAGGUUUUUGAAUCUGCAGUAAUGGCCUGUACUGAGUGAAGUGGGAAUGUAAAUGUAGAUCUUUUCUUGUUUGUAGCUUAGCAAUGUUUUUUCUUCAUUCUUCCAAACCCUUCAGUAGUGCCACAGAAAACCUAGUUCAAUUAUUAGUUUCAAGUGGCCUGAAGUAUAUAAUGUGGUAACGUCUUGCUUUGAGGUUGAGAAAGACUUGAGGUGCUGGUUAUAGAUUACAAAGAUCUGGUCAUAUAAGUGUAGUGAUGAAUGCAGUUUAAGUAAAGGCACUGUGGGGCCUUUGAAAGCCUGUCUGCAUUGCAAGAUUGAAUUUCAAAAGAUUUGGACAUACAAUAAGGCUCUCUAACCAUCAUGUUAUCAUGAAUGAAGAGAAAAAAGUAAAAUAACAAUAGUAAGAAGAUUGGAAGUCAAAAGUUCAGCAUUGUUGCAGAUACUAAAUCUCAGAUUAUCCUUUGAGCCUAUUCAUCUUUUUAGCCUAUCAAAAAUAUUAUUCUGAGCUGGGGUAUAGCUCAGAGUGCCAACCUAGCAUGCCAGAGGCCCUCAGUUUUGUUUGUUUGUUUGGUUUUGUUUUUUCGAGACAGGGUUCUCUAUGCAGCUUUGGAGCCUGUUCUAGCACUCGGUCUAUAGACCAGGCUGGCCCUGAACUCACAGAGAUCUGCCUGCCUCUGCCUCCUGAAUGCUGGGAUUAAAGGCGUGCGCCACCACUGCCCGGCGAGGCACCACAUGAACUGGGAUAGUGGCACACAGGCCUGCAAUCCCAGCACUCCAGAGAUGGAAACAGGAGGAACAGGAACUCAAGGUCAUCCUCUGCUACACAGGUUUCCUGGCCAACCUGAGCUACUUAAGACCCUGUCUCAAAAUGCUAAAGACUAUUUUUUGAAUAUUUCUUUAGAGAAUGUUGCAAUCUUGUAAAGCUGAUUUUGAAUUUUUUCAUAUAGAAGAAGACAACAGCAGGUGCUAAUCUACAUGGUGUUCCUUUAACUCAAAUAGGUACAUGGUUUUGUUUUACUGGGAGGAAAUGUGUGAUUUUUUUAAAAACACUGAUGGGUUAAGUAGCUGCACCUUGCAAAUCCUGUUUCUGUUAACAUGUCAGCACAUUACAGCACAUUACAGGAUGAGAACAGACCAGGGUUGGAUGGGGUUUGGCACUCAGGUGAAGUACUGUGGAGUCUUUUCUAGAGGAAAGCUGGACUUGACCAUUAACAAGGAUAGCCUUAGGGUCUGGAGAGAUGGCACAGCAGUUAAGAACAAGGAUAGCCUUACUAGAACCAGGAAAGAGGCUUCUUCUUUCCCUCCUAGGUCACCAGAGCAUGAAGAUUUCCAUAAGACUAGCAUUACUUCAGUGACUGUGUGCUACUUGGGUCUGAGGCAGUUUUUUACUUGGUAUGGAAACUGAGGUGAUUGUGCUACCAUGGCUGGUCUUGCUUUUUCACUCACCAUCAGGUUGGUCAGAAUUAGUAUUCUGGCUGGUCUGCUUCUCUCCUCUGUUAGGGGGUUGCACAGGAAAGAAAAUCUGAGGGUUUCUAAGACUGCUAUAAACAUGGAGUAUGGGCACUGGGCUGGGCAUGAUUCAGAAAUAGUUUUUCUGUUAUUGGUGUUAGCUGUGGCGUUUGUGUGGAAUGGCAGUUCUCCAGAACCUAGCUCCCACUGUGUCCUCGGGUACAGCAGUUUAGGAGCAGGAUUUUUGUUUGAAGUUCCAGAGGACACUUGCCAUCAAGUGGGUUUGCAUUAGUGUUUGCUUUGCUUCCAUACACAUGUAGCUCUGGUUCCUCUCAGGUAUACUUCCUGAGAAGGCCUGUUAAGGAGCUGAGCUGGGAGAAGCAGCCUUCUUCGGGAUCCUCAGUCAAGAGACUGACUGAGCCCCAGGAUGGACCAUAGACUAGCCACAUCACUGGCAAACUCAGCAGCUCCAAAGCCCAUCCUGCAGUUUUACUUCAUUUUCAGCCACUUACAGGGAGAGGGUCACCUUCUGCUACAGAUUAAACAAGUUCAGGGAACAUUCUGCUUUAUACCCCUUGGCUUAUUCAAGUCAGUAAUGAACUCUCCUGCUUGCCUCAGUAGUAAAAAGUCACCUUCCCAACCCAUCCCUCGGAUACCUUUUUAAAUUAUCAUUAAUUUAAAUGGCUUAUACUUGUUUCUUAAAAGCAAGUAAUGUUGGUUUCAAAUUUUUAAGUACAAGCUUUUUUAUGUUUGAAUAAUAGCUAUCACUUCUUACGGAGCACCCUCUUAUCGCUGACCCAUCUAGAAACACUCUUGAGUUUUGAAAGGGUGAUAAAAUUUACAUGAGCGAGAGUGAAUUUCUUUCAAAAAGAUCCUGAGGACUUGGUUCCUCAGAAGUUCAAAGAAACAGUGGAGUUGCAUCAGCUGGCUCCUCCUAAGAUGUAUAUGUAGAAGGCAGGUCCUGAGACAACGUGUGCAUGUCUACAGAAAUGCACACCCCUUUAAAAAAAUGUUAAUCCACUUUAUGAACUAAUGAUUCCCUAACUUGCGGUUUUCUUUUUGUUUUGUUGGGUUUUUUUUUUUAGAUUUUACAAAAUUCUAUCCUCUUUAAAAUGUACUAUAUGUGUUAUAUGUAUAUAUAAGUUAAAGUGACUUGAGCUAGGUAUCAUUAUUGGUAGCACAGAGAAUAUGGAACAGCAGAUGGCUGUCACUAUCCGAGAGCAGAGUACAGAAAAUAGUUUUGGUUCUUCAUCAGUUAAUGCUCAGGUGUUUGAGCAACAGCCCAGCUAGCCUUGGUAAAUGCAGCAAGCCACCCAAGCAGAGGUCAGGAGUACCUUGACCCCGUGUUUCAGGACACAUUUUCAUUUUUUAUUAAAUGUCCUCAUUGUUCCCUAGGAGGUCUUGGAACUAAAAAUCAGACUGAACUGUUGGUGCAGCGACAUUUCCACAGCUGUGUUUUAGGGGUUUCUAUCCUCUGUGUGUGGUCAAGCUUCUGAAUAUAAACAGCAUGGAUAUGUCAUUUCUAGACCCUCAAGGAAAUUAUCAAUUUCUAGUUCACUAGAAGGUUAAAUGCUAAUUAUUUCAAUGACUGCCAUCCUGCAGAAAAGCUGAAAUAAGUAGUAAAGGUUGAAUUUUGACUGGUGCUUAGAUAUUUCUAGCUAUAUUAGGAUCAACUCAAGCAAACAGCAGCGUAUUUACCUGAGUCACACCUGUGAGGAAUUUAUUUUCCAAAUUUGAUUUUGUUUUUCAUCUCCAGGGCCUUAAUAAGAGUGUGUUAAUACACAUGACUAUUUUACAAAGAUAGUUCAAAAUAAUUUAUUUUUAUUUCAAGAAAGAGAAAUCCACCUUAGAAAUACAAAACCCAAGAUUUUAUUUUAUUUUUAAAGCCAUAUUUUUGUGCUUUGUAGCACUUAGAUUGUUCCAUAUGUGAUCCAUAUCUGCAUUUCAUUACCUGGGUUCUAAAAAAGAUUUAUUUUUGUUCUGUGAAUAAUUUUUGACAGUUCUUGUACAUGUACAGAUAUAGAUACGUUUGAGGUCUUUUAUUGAUAUUCCUACAAAAUGCAAAUAAACUUUAACUUUAAACAUUUCA